AGCGGUUUGAUCAGAGGAUUUGUCUGUGUUCAAUUUAUUUUUUAUUUUAUUAAAUGCUACAAUGAGCGUUUCUGCGAUAGUGAAAACGGAGUGUGCACGUGAUGUUAACGACAAUCACGUGCAGACGGAAAGUGUGAAGUCAGAUGACGUUACUGAUGAAAAAUGCCGCAGAGUCCAACUGGUAGUCCCAGAGCCGAAACGGUACAGCCCAGGCCAACCUAUAUGCACAGCAGACUCAAGGUGUCCAAUACCAAAAGAGGAAGCUGGCGGUUCAAGCUCAGUUGCAAGUCCAAGUCUUCCAAGUGUUCAUCCGUUACCAUGGCAGCUUCCCUUAUACCAAAAUUAUCCGCAUUAUCCAUUUAUUCCUUACCCAGGAUUUUCUGCAUAUCCGUUUCCGGUUCUACCGGAGCACGUGCGCCAUAAUCCAUUUACUGCGGAAUAUUUAAAAUACAUUCCAAACAUGGGAAUGUUUUCUUCUCAGCAUUUUCCACCACUAUCUCCGUUCCAGGCGAUUUCAAAGAACUCGGAUACUAAACAUGUUGUAGAAUUCACGGAAAACAAUAGUUUUAUAAGUAAAUUGGCGAAAGAGGAAAUGAAAGAUAACCGUGAAACAAGUUCGCCUAUCAUGCGCACGCCGACGGUGUUCCUUGACAAGGGCUCAGUCAUGGAGGACAAGAAAAAGGACAAAGAGAUGGAUACUGUGAAAUAUCAGUGCGAAACGUGCAAUAAAAGUUAUUCUACAUUCAGUGGACUUUCUAAACAUAAACAGUUUCAUUGUGCCCAGGACUCGCAAAAGGAAUUCACGUGUAAAUAUUGUGAAAAGACAUAUGUCUCUUUAGGUGCUCUGAAAAUGCACAUUCGUACGCACACUCUUCCUUGUAAAUGUAAAAUUUGUGGUAAAGCGUUUUCAAGACCUUGGUUACUGCAAGGUCACGUGCGAACGCAUACCGGUGAAAAGCCAUUCACGUGCGUGCACUGUUUGCGAGCGUUUGCUGACAGGUCCAAUCUGCGCGCGCAUCUGCAGACGCAUUCUGACGUCAAGAAGUACAGUUGUAGAUCGUGCAGCAAGACCUUCUCGCGCAUGUCACUUCUGCUAAAACACGAAGACACGUGCAGAAAUAUGACUAUAUGAAUUGUGAUAUUGUAAGAAAAGUUUCCUUGCAAUAUUCGACAUUUUGUGCAAUAAAUAAAACAAUAUGGGUUAUCUAGCUAUUUAAUAAAUUGGUUGGCGUAGGAUCGCGCGCAUGUUCAUUUCAUACUCAAUUGGUUUUUCAUGUCUUGAAACUAUAUCUCUAUAAUUUGUGAUUUAUUUUAUGUGUUUUGCAUUUUCAGUGUAGCAUGACAUAACUUAAAUAUCGAUGUAAUGAAUUAUUUAUUGGGGUAAAAUAAAAAUCAUCAAAU